AAUAUCUUGGUCUUCUGAACAGAUUUAUUCUUAUCUGUCUGAACGCUGGUGUCCAUAUGUAGAUAGAGCUGCCACGCAAAUCAGUCCGUAGUUAUCAUUUUUUUGCUCUUGUUCGUAAAUACAUCCCGGUAUUAUAGCGACGUAUGAGUUGUUUACGCGCUAGAGGAAUAUUCACAUGUGAGCGAACUGGAAGAUUUGUCUUUUGUUCAACGAUCACGUCGCCGCCAGUCGAGCCCGGACUGUGUGCAGCAAGGAAGGCGAUAGCAAGCGAUGUUCUCCAAACUGGUCGAGGAAAUCAGUGGACUCAGUCCAUCUAAACAGGCCCUACUGGUAGCGGCCGGGAUAGGGACGGUAACCGUUGGGGCGAUUGGCGCCUAUCACAUCAAGCAGCGAAUCGACAACACUCCGCCGAAGCGAUGGCGCCGAGUUGGGGAAAUCAACGAAAUUUACGUUUACCCGGUCAAGUCCUGCGCCCCGAUCCGGAUGAGUCGGGUCAUAUGUUCGGAUUUGGGACCGCAGCGGCACAUGUUGCGCGAUAGGAUUUUCAUGGUGACUAACUUGGAGGGCAAAUGGGUCACGGCUAGGCAGAAACCGAAGAUGGUGCUGAUUCAACCGCAGUUUGAUGACGGGUACAAAAAUAUGACUCUCUCCGCGCCGGGUAUGGACGAUAUUACCAUUUCGAUAGAACCUUUGUUCCAGCAGGAGACGGUCAAGGGCGUAGUGUGGGGUUCAACGGUUCCAACCGUGGAUUGUGGGGAUGAGGUGGCGGAAUGGUUUUCGACAUAUCUGCUGGAUAAACCGAACGGCUACCGACUGAGAUUCUAUCCGUUGGAUAAGACUUCCCGUAAGCAGUGUGCCGAGGACUCCGGAGCACUACAGGACGAGACUAGCUACAUGUUGUUCAACACGGCGACGGUGGAGGAUUUGAACGCGAAACUGGAGCAAAAGGUUACUGUCCUGCAGUUCAGACCUAGCUUCGUAGUGAAAGGACCUCCUGCCUAUGCUGAGGAUGGCUGGCGAUGGGUGAAGAUUGGCAAUACGGUGUUCAAGUAUGUGAAGCCAUGCUUGAGAUGUGUGUUUACGAACAUUGAUCCGGAGAAGGGAGUGAGCAGUGCCGAUGGCCAGCCUUUGAAGACGUUGAAGAGCUACCGUAAAAAAGCAGAGUUUGGAGAAGCACCGGCAUUUGGAAUUCAUCUUGGCCUCAGACUUAAAGGAGAAGUCAGUCUCGGUGAUCCUGUUUAUUAUGGAUAGCUUGUGUGCCUGUUACGUGGUGUUAAUAAAUUCGUUACUCAUUUGCA